CAGUGUAGGAUAUCAUCACAAUGGCAGCACUUUCAGCCCGAUUGUCUGUCAGCAUGUGCUUUGUGUGGCUUGGAAUAGUUUUAUUGUCUCAAGUCUUUGCAUAUGCAUCGGUUGUGUCUGCAACGGCGAUUCCUGAUAAGGCAACAGGAAGAGGUAAAAAUCCACCCGAUGCUGUUGUACUUUGGACCAAUUAUUCGUAUCAAGAGGAAAAGCCCAGGAUGGCUCUUCCAUUACUUCAAGGGAAACAUGCCAUUCCUGGCAGCCAUCCUUGGCAAGCGUCGAUCCAAAUGGAAAUCGCUGGAUCCAGAAAGAUCCAUGCAUGUGGAGCAACUCUGAUCAAACCAUGUUGGGUUAUUACAGCAGCACACUGUGUCAAUGAUAGUGCUCAAACAUCUAGUUUGAAAAUACAACUCGGCAAAAAUAAUCUGUACAGGAAAGAGCCCAGCACUGAACAGGUCCUUGAUGUUGGGCAAAUUAUUAUUCAUCAAGCCUUUCGGAAAGUUAAUGACUCAUUGUACAAUGACAUCGCGUUAAUUAAAUUAAAUGGCACGUGUGCUACGGAAACUAAAUUUGUAAAAACACUGCCAUUGGCAGAGGAAGCUUUCCCCCCUGGUAUGGCGUGUCAAAUUUCCGGAUGGGGCAAAACCGAACUUGGAAUUUAUUCCUACAGGCGACUGUUGGAAGGCACCGUAAAGCUGAUAAACAGAACUACAUGUAUGGAACCGCAGGUUUAUGGUGAUCACCUGGACGAUAAAAUGAUGUGCGCUGGAGAUCUGAGUGGAACCUCAGCAGAUGCUUGCCAGGGUGACUCAGGAGGUCCACUUACCUGUGAGCGAAAUGGUCAACGAUAUCUCUAUGGAAUCAUCAGCUGGGGCAGGAGCUGUGGGAAAGUAAAUAAACCUGGCGUUUAUAUCAUUAUCCCCAAAUACCUCGACUGGAUAAGAGCACAUAUGCAGUAGCUUCACCCUCUUGAAUUUCAAUGCAGCCUUGAAUUGCUUUGGUUGAUCAUUUCAAUUUCCCACCUAAGUUUCCUUCUCUGCUCUCUCUCUCUCUCCCUGAGGAAAUAAAUACAUCCGUUCACAGCCAAUGCAAAACCAAUGGCCAACAGGAGAUUGUAUUCCAUGGGACCUGCAAUUUACUUUCAUAGACGAGCUAAUGUUGCUGCUUGGUUCAGUGCACUUUUCCUCCUAUGAUUUUUAGGGUUCCACAUGCAAGCAAAGACAAUAGCUUCAGUGAAUGUUAUCUUAAAAGUAGUUUCUGCUGCGCUAAAAGUGAGUUUCAAGUCAAUAUCUCUGCCCAUGAAAUGUGUGCGAGUGUAAACUGAGCCGAAGAGGCAGCAGAAACUGUGUUUAGGAUAACAUUCACUGAAGCUAUUGUCUUUGUUUGCGUGUGGAAGAGUGAAAACAGGGGCAAAAUACCCAUUCCAAGUGAUGCCGAUGUUAGUGGCAAUUGCUAAUAAGAACAAAGGUCUGUGCCAGGAGACACUUGUAGCUUUCCUGAGCCCCACUGGGGCACUUUCUGUCAUGCCAUCUACAGCCACAAUUUUUGACCAAGGAAGAUUUCAGAUUCAUCUGGCAAAUCGGAUCUAGUGGACUGCUUUUCAGGAUUUCAAUGUCCCUUCUCUCACUCCCUCUCCUUAUGAAUAAACUUGACAGCUUUUGUUGCUUUUGUCAACGCAAUAAAAUCCAAUUCCGGCA